CAACAACAUGGAGCGGUUUAGUUGAAUGUUAUUCUUUUAAAAUGAAAACAAAAACCUACGGGUCUUUUAAUUGCAGAUUUUAUAGUCUUAAGCGGUCAGAUCAAAUUUAUGUUUUAUGCAACAGUUGACUAGCACACUAACCACGGGUUAUGUUUUCAAAACAAGUAGGCUAGACCAAUAACUGGGUGAAUGUUAGCAUGGCUAACUGUUUAAAGGCUACCUAAGACCAUCUUUCGACAAUCUGUAGGUAUGUGAAAAAAUAAGAUAAUAAUAUGGAUGACUCGGAUCAGGAUUUUGUAGAUCUUUGCUCCAAGCUGCUCAAAAGGAACCGCAAGAAAACAGUGGAUCAGCAAGAGCCAAAGAAAUGUACACAGCCGCUCAGCAGCCAAACUUCUGGAGGAGGAGAAAAGAGAAAAAAGAAACUCAAGAAAGAUGAUAACACGGAGCCUCGAGGUUCUUCUGCUGUCGGAGGUGCACAGAAUGUUGGUCCAGGGUCUGCCCCGGGACAGUCUUGGGUAAGGGCUAAAGAUCAGGUGGUGCACAAGAUGCAGAAAUUCAAAAGAUCAAGUCCACAAAGGCUGAUGUUAGGAGGCAAGAGUCAACCCACAGAGCGGGAGAGGCACAACCAAAUUCAGCAAGGUCAAGUAGACUCUCAAAGCGCAGCCCUCCGUGAACCUGAAGACAGUGAUGAAGCUUUGGCAAUGCGUCUGCAGGAGGAGUUGGACAGAGAGACCCGCCCCAUGCACCUGGAGGAUGAGGGGCUGUUCUUUUGUCAACUCUGCAACAAGGACCUUUCACACAUGACACCUGAGGGACGCACGCAACACAUUAACAGAUGUUUAGAUGAAAGAGAGGAUCAUGCAGCACCUCCACCACCCCCUGGAGUCAUGGAAUGUCCCAUUUGUGGAAAAAGGUUCAAGUUACAAAAAAGUCGGGCAUCACAUUUGAAACGUUGCUCAUCAGAUAUGGGCGUCCCUCCUGCAGUGCUCAUGCAGGCUCUGCAGAGGCAGGCUGAGGAAAAUCAAAGCAACACAACCACAAAUCCACAGACUACAGGCCAAAAACGAAAAGUAUUCAAGGCAAACAUGCCAGAAAGUAAGAAGCCCAGGAAGAAGGUUGAAGAUCUGGAUGAAGACACGAUGAUGGCCAUGGCCUUGUCCUCGUCACUGCUGGAACAAGAGCAAGAGAAGCAAAAGGAAUCACAAGCUGAGAGCCAAAGCCUCAUAGAGACAACUGCCCCCAGCACAUCCAAGAGUCCACCUCUGAAGUGGAUACCAAAUGCUGGUAAAGGACGUAGUAAAAAGAGAAAAGGUGGAAUCCCUCGGCCCCCUCCUCUGCUCAUGGUUCAGGACCCAGGGGCAGCUCUGUCCAGGAUACAGGCACGUGUCUCUGCUCUCUUGCUCUGCAAUGGUGCCCCCUCUCCUCCGACUCCCACCCGUUGCACAUCCACUUUGCCUGGCUGGGGUGGUGCCGCCCCCCUUUGGCAGAAAAGUGCAUUGCUCUCAGUUUUUUGCCUAUCUGAUUUUUAUGCUCCUGAACUCAGAGACUUCAUUGUACCCCAGGAAACAGCAAUGACUGUUGUGUCAUCAUUUGCAAGUGGAAAAAAGAUAGACACUCCAGUGCAGCAUCUGAAAAUAAAGACUCCUAUAGUCUCCACCCUAACACCUGCCUCUCAGACAGGGCACUCUUCUCUUGCUGUCUCCACCCCAGGCACAGGGCAGCUGCCUGGGUGCAGCCAGGCCCUUCAAGACCUCAUGGAGUUGGCUGAAGAUGGGAUGACACUGACACAAUAUGGCUUCUCUACCACAGAAUUCACAAAAGACCAGCAAACCAGCACAAAUCACACCUUAAACUUACAUUCAAGUGGAUUUGUGAUGGAGGAGGAGCAGAAUAAUGAUGGUGUGAGUGGAUUCUUACCUGAAACACUGGACAAUAAUCAUAAAGGGCUGAUGAGAAUUGUGUCGAAGCAAGAAGAAAAGGAGAGAAGACGGCAAUCUCUACUCGUGUCUAAACUAGCUUUAGACUUGGGCACCAUGGUGAACAAUCCUCAGCUCAGUGAUGUGCAGCUACAAGUGGACAGUGGCGAAGUCUACUUUGCUCAUUCUUUUAUGGUGUAUGUUCGCUGCCCCCUGCUGGCUGAGAUGAUCCAUGAGAGUGGUUUUGGGGUGCAGGAGGAGGGUGUGCCUGCUGCUCAGAGGGUGCUGUUGAAUGACAUCCCAGGACAGGCGGUGUUUGCUUUGCUGCAGUUUCUUUACACUGCCCACUGCUCCUUUCCCUCGUCACUAUGUCCUUAUGUCCUAGAGUUGGCAUCCAGGUUUGAUUUGAAAGAUCUUGUGGAGUUUUGCCAGCUUCAAGAACAGGCAAUGUUUCAAAGCGAAGACAGUGAGAACCCAAACACUCAAACAGAUGAGGCUUUUAUUGAGCUACUGCACUCUAUGUGGAAUGAGGAGGACAAUGAAGAUGAUGGGACAGACCAUAAUACUUUUGAUGACAGUAAAGAGAUGGACAACCGGCCUAGUGACAGAGAAAUCCAAGAGGAACGAGUGAACGAAGAUGAACUGGUAGAAAUAUAUGAGUUUGCUGCCACUCAGAAAAAGAGGGAAGAGGAAAGGGACAGUGUGGAGGAGGAAAAAGUGGUUGAUAAUCAAGGUCAUCCUGAAAUAUCUCUAAGUCCAACCAAAACAGAAGCCAUAAAAGAAAACAAUGGGCAUGUUAAUACCAGUUUAGAUCGCAGCUAUAACCGUCUUUUCUCCGAAACCUGGGGUCAGUUUGAGGAAAAAGAGCCCUCCAUUUUACCUGAACAUAAGUCUCGGAUGCAGGUCCCUCUGUCUGCUUGUCUUCUCUCAUCUGAAAUGUCAGCCAGAACAUUGCUUCAGUCCUCAGCGAGUGUGAUUGACAAGCUGUCCCCAAGUCCUCCACCUACCGCACAAAACAUGCCUAUCCCAGGUGUGUCUCCUGGAUUGAAUGAAAAUGAAAUUGUAAAUAAUAAAAAUGUCUCAGCCAUUUUUAUGCUAUUACCCUCUCAAAAAUCUUUCAAAGACAAAGAACCAGAGUUAGUUGUUUUGUCUGACUCCAGUGAUGACAUGAACAUAGAUCUUACUCAGAGUUCAAACAGCCCUUCACCACAACACGUAAAUACCUUCACCAGUAUUAAAGACCAAAAUACACCUAAUUCAAAGGAUCUUAACACAGACAAAAUGGACCGCCAGCCUCCCAAUGGUGAGAUAAGCGUGGUAGAUUGUUCUGCAGAGUUAUCCUGGCUUAUCCCCUCAACACCAAUCCAGCCCGAAAGGAGUGUCCACACCAGUUCUUCUCAAACCAAAAGCAGCAUUUGUAGAACUCAACUUUUCCCAAAACACGCAGAAUCAAUGUCCAAAAGCUCAAUUUCCAGUUCUGAGACAAGGGACAGAAAAAGCUGUUUAGAUGUGACAAAUGACAAAAAGUUGGACUCUUCUGGUUUUGCUGUGCCUCAAAGUCCAUCCAGGUAUUCUCACCAUGGAAACAACUCUUGCUCGCAUCUCAAUUUUUCCAUCCCGGCCUAUAGUAGCACACCUGUACAAACUGAAAUAUCAAAGCUACCACCAGUUUUGACACAAAAUACUACAGUAAGGAACUCACCUAGUCCAGAGAAAGCAGAGGUGCAGGGCUUUCACCUAUCUCCUUUGUCUGAACAGUCCUCCUCUUCACACUGCAAGAUAAACAGUAAGUCUAGCAAUAAAAGCAGAUCAUCAGAAGACUGCAAUACAACCAACAGGGAAAAUGAGAAUGCAAGUUUGGCAGAAAAUGAUGAAGAUUGUUUUGAGGCUGAAGGUGGUGAACCAAGUUUUAGGCAAAGCUUUUUGGAUGAGCCUCCAAUGGCUUUCGAUGACUCAUGGGGUCUGGAUGCAUGUGCUGAAAAUCCCAGUUUUAGCCUCAAACUUGACAACAGUGAAGAGUCUGUGCAGCAGCAGGACAGCCUGAAGAAUAUCAAAUCACAACCAAACCACCACUCAACCACAUCUAUGGCCCCUGAUUAUCAGUAUAAUGCACGGACAAGUAUUUUUGAAUCCCCAAACACAAUGUCAACGAAAACACCUACUGCAAUGUCACCACCUGAAAUUGAACCACCUCCGGACAUCAACAACAGCCUCAUGGACUCUAAAAUCUGGGACAGUUGGGAGGAAGAAGAUGAAGAGAAGGACGUAGCCCCACCCCUGUCUGAGAGACUGAAACCUCCAGUACAAUACAAGACUCCAGUAUCUAAAUUCAAAAAGCAGCAGGCCCUGGUCCCAAUUACUCCAAUGCCACAUUACUCAGACAUGGACACACCAGAGCUCAAGAACAAAUUGAACAAGUUUGGAGUUCGGCCUUUACCAAAACGCCAAAUGGUUUUAAAACUAAAGGAAAUCCACCAGUACACCCACCAGCUGGUCAGUUCUGAUUCUGAGGAUGAGGUGCCCUCUGCUGGAAAAACAGCUCUAGCCAAAGCCCCAGUCUCAGCAACUGUCAGACCGGCCUCCUGUGCCAUGGCCAAGUUUAAAAAGCCCAAAACUACAAUGACCACCACGUCGCCCAUUAAAGUGCCCCAGGACGAUGAGCCUCUGUCUGCUUCUCAGGACUCCACUACCUCCUCCACUGCAGAAUCAGAUAGGUCAAACCCUGAAGUUGUACAGUUGUCUGAUGGGGACUCAGACAGUGAUGGGGGCAUCUCUGCCUCUCAGUCUGCCUCUCGUCUGCAGAGCCAACUCCAGGCAGUCCGCACAUUCAUUUUGUCAGAUUCUUCACUCUAUGACCAGAUCCUGCAGUACAAACCCCUGGUCCUGUCUCAGCUCCAGCAGCAGCUGAAGGCUGCAGGGAUUCGUCUCGGUGUCACUAAACUGGCAGACUACCUGGACUCUCAGUGCAUCACCUUCACCACAGCCAAACUGGGCCAGUCUGUCCCCAGCCGGAGGAGGGUCAAAAAGACGAAGGCAGCAGGAGAGGGAGGAGUGAGGAGGAAAAAAGCCACUUUAGCUGCCCUUUGACAUUUUAUUAACUUGGACAUUUUUACACUCAUGUUAGCAAAAUAUUUUUUUUAUGUUUGUAAUUAAUAAUGUGUUUUAUAUUUAUACAGAUACAUUUAUGCAUGACUGUAAAAUAAAUGUUUCAAUUUUGA